AUGGACAGCGGAGUAUGGGUUUUCUAUUACGUGCAAGGUGAGGAAGGGGAAGAACGAGCUCAUCCUAACGCUUUUCGCUUAACGGGUGUCGCCCCAAACACCGACGUGACGCUUGCUGAUGUACUACGCUGUUUUCCUCUUCGCAAUCCGACCGCUUUUCACUUUCGCUUUCGACUGAACAAUAGUAAAGGCAACAUGUUUUACUGGCUAGACGUCACUCAUAGUCAACAAAAGGUCCCAUUAGCAAGCGGUCGUGUCAUUUGCAAGCUCCUGCGCUUAGAGCGACCUCAGAAACACGGUCUUGUCUUUCGACGCCGCCCAGUGCUUAAGUGGUCAUCAAAGCGCCAGGGAAGCUCUAGUGUCUUAGGUGAUAGUGCUAGUAGUGUGCAAUCAUCUAAGGCUGUGCAGCCAUUGAGUGAAAGCAAUGAGUUCUACCAGCCGUCCUCGCCAGCGUUUGACCAUGGACGACCAGCUAAAUACUCGGAUCGGACUCUUAAUGGAGCAGAAACUCAACAUAGUAACUCAUCCAGUCGGUCUUCGUCUGUAUCUGGAGAAAAAAAGGUUUCUAGAACAGGACUGGGGUCUUCAUCGACGGCACCGGGUAAUUUAGAAGAUUUUUUGUCAGGCGGUCAGCAAUCGCCCCGCGGCUCUACAGCUGCCCCAAUGCCUUCGCCGCAGAAAAAGGAUGUAAAUCUCAUGAGCGACAGUGGCUGGAACGACACACCGGUGACUGCUGCAUCGGACUUUUUGAGCUCGAUGGACCCGUUGGCCGCUCGUACAAAGCAACCUGCUCAAUCUUCACCGUCAAAGAGUGUGCAGGUAGAUCCACCCAAGUUUGAUGAUGACAAUGGACAAACUGUUGGACCAGUGACAAUGGCAGAGAUGGAGGCACAUUCGAAGUCAACGGCCGAUGGUUCGAAUGUGUAUAACCCGAACUUAGUAGACAAGUCAACAAAGAGCGACAAAGUUCGUCGUGCAAUGGAAGAGCGGGAACGACAAGUUCAGCGAGAUGUGGAGCGGGCACGGGAUGAUUUGCGUAAACGAGAAGAAGCGGUGCGCAACAUGGCUAUCAUGAAAGAUAAUGCUAAUACGGUACUAGGUCCAAGGUUAAAAGCUUGGGGAGAGGAUAAUGGUCGCGUUAAGAACAUUCGUACGUUGCUGUCCACUAUGCAUCAAGUUAUGUGGGAAGACUGCAAGUGGACUGAAGUAAACAUGGGCAAGCUCAUUCAACCAAACGACGUUAAGAAACACUAUCGAAAAGCCAUGAUCGUCGUGCAUCCAGAUAAAGCAGGUGGACGCAACGCCGACCAAUUGUUGAUAGCGGAGCGCGUGUUCGCAGCUCUUAAUACUGCUUGGGAAGACUUUCAGAAGACGAAUCCAUGCUAG